UCUUAUACCAUAGAGUUUCCUUCCAACUACACAUUCAAACACAAAAUACGAAGUGGUUGAAGAAAACACAGUGUGCAUUUGAUUAUUUUUAAAUGCCAAAAAUAUUGAGCGCCAUUUCGCACCGGCCCGCCCUACCAGUAGAAUAGAAACAUUAUGGAAGUGGCAUCAUGGCGACCAAGUAUAAAAUAGUUCUUGUUAGACAUGGCGAGAGUGUCUUCACCAAACAGAAUUUGUUUUGUGGAUUCGCCCAUGAUGCAGAUUUGACCGAUGUGGGAAUACAAGAAGCAAUUCGUGCUGGACAGCUGUUGAAAGAAAACAAUUAUGAAUUUGACAUAGCAUUUACCAGUGUUCUAAAACGAGCAAUCAAGACUUUGUAUUAUAUCCAAGAACAGCUAGACUGCCAUUGGUUGCCUGUCAUCAAAUCAUGGCGUCUGAAUGAACGGCAUUAUGGCGCUCUUCAAGGCCUUCAUAAGGCUGAAACUGCAGCAAAAUACGGAGAAGACCAAGUCAAGCUGUGGAGAAGAUCGUACGAUGUUCGACCCCCACCUCUAGAGAGAAAUGACGAGAGAUGGCCAGGAAAAGCCAGACAAUACGCUGCUAUGGAUCAAGGCAUGAUUCCAACAAGUGAAAGUCUCAAAGACACAAUAUACAGAACAUUGCCGUGCUGGUAUGAUCAAAUUGUGCCAGCUAUUAAGUCAGGCCAAAAAGUUUUGAUCAUCGCACACGGCAACAGUCUUAGAGGAAUCAUCAAAUUUUUAGAUAAACUUUCUGAUGAAGAUAUUGUUAGUCAUGAAGUACCUACAGGCAUUCCAAUGGUUUAUGAGUUAGACGAGGAUCUACAAAAGGUCACUAGCUAUUACCUGGCAUCGGACGAGGAGGUGGCGGCUGCCAAAGCAUUGAUAGCUGAUCAAGGAAAAAUCAAAAAAUGAUAUUUAUUUUAUUUGUUCAUUCAUCCAUAUGUUACAGGUGCAAUUAAAAAGAUGACUUACCCAGACAAGCUUGUCCUGUUCUGGGUAUAUUUUUCUAAUCAUCUCUACUGUCUUAAUGGAACUGAUCUCCAUUUUUAUUGUAAAAACUGAAGAUUUGGCUAUUUAUUGCACAUUCUGUUGAGGCGCACACAGUUGUUUAUUGUAGUGCAUAUCUUGUCAUUAAAUUUUUUGUACAACUAGAACUGUCUUAAGCAU